AUGAGCCGGCCUGUAAGGAAGGCUGCCCCUUUUCUGCUCUCUGGGCCCCAUCAGACUCCAGUCGCUUCCCCCAAAAGGACAGUUUUCAUCUGUGUUUACAGGGGCGUUCCGGGGAGCCAGGGGAGCCGACCUGCCAAGGGAGCCAAGCCCCUUUCCCCUGCGCCCCCGGGCUGCGAUUGGCCCUUCCCGGGAGGCUGGCCGCGGGGAGCCUUGAGUCAUCGCGCUGGAAAUCUUUCUGGAACUGGGGCACCAACUUGCAUGUUUGUGUUGUUCUCGGGCGUCGUGGGAUUAGCUGCCAGGCCGGGUCGGGAGCGAGCGCGAGCGGCAACGUGCGGCCCAGACCUGCCUCGGCCUCUCGGUGAUGGGGCACAGAUGUCUGCUCUCCAGGCCUGAGCACAGAAUGGAAAUGACCAACGAGAGGCCCGUCUGGGACGCAGGGCUUCGAGAUGAGGCCUUUCCGAGCCAGCCAGGAGGCCGCUUUCCUCCGCUGUGUGUAGUCCCGACUUCAGCAGCAGUGUGCAGGGUCAAAGACAGCUGGCCCCCCAUGUCAGUGGUCUAGGAUGGCCAGUGAAGCCACCAACAUCCCAAGCCCUGUGGUGCGCCAGAUUGACAAGCAGUUUCUGAUUUGCAGUAUAUGCCUGGAGCGGUACAAGAACCCCAAGGUCCUCCCCUGUCUGCACACGUUCUGCGAGAGGUGCCUGCAGAACUAUAUUCCUGCCCACAGCUUAACCCUCUCCUGCCCAGUGUGCCGCCAGACCUCCAUCCUGCCCGAGAAGGGGGUGGCCGCACUCCAGAACAACUUCUUCAUCACGAACCUGAUGGACGUGCUGCAGCGAACGCCAGGCAGCAACGUUGAGGAGUCCUCCAUCCUGGAGACGGUCACCGCAGUGGCUGCCGGAAAGCCCCUCUCCUGCCCAAACCACGAUGGGAAUGUGAUGGACUUUUACUGCCAGUCUUGUGAGACUGCCAUGUGUCGGGAGUGCACUGAGGGGGAGCACGCGGAACACCCCACCGUGCCCCUCAAGGACGUGGUGGAGCAGCACAAGGCCUCACUCCAGGUCCAGUUGGACGCUGUCAACAAAAGGCUCCCAGAAAUAGAUUCUGCUCUUCAGUUCAUCUCGGAAAUCAUUCACCAGUUAACCAACCAGAAGGCCAGCAUCGUGGAUGACAUCCAUUCCACCUUUGAUGAGCUCCAGAAAACUUUAAAUGUGCGCAAGAGUGUGCUGCUUAUGGAGCUGGAGGUCAACUAUGGCCUCAAACACAAAGUGCUCCAGUCGCAGCUGGAUACCCUGCUCGAGGGGCAGGAGAGCAUUAAGAGCUGCAGCAACUUCACGGCGCAGGCCCUCAACCACGGCACGGAGACGGAGGUGCUGCUGGUGAAGAAGCAGAUGAGCGAGAAGCUGAACGAACUGGCCGACCAGGACUUCCCGCUGCACCCGCGGGAGAACGACCAGCUGGACUUCAUCGUCGAGACCGAGGGGCUCAAGAAGUCCAUCCACAACCUCGGGACCAUCCUCACCACCAACGCCGUCGCCUCCGAGACGGUGGCCACGGGCGAGGGGCUGCGGCAGACCAUCAUUGGGCAGCCCAUGUCCGUGACCAUCACGACCAAGGACAAGGACGGGGAGCUCUGCAAAACCGGCAAUGCCUACCUCACGGCGGAGCUGAGCACGCCCGACGGCAGCGUGGCCGACGGAGAAAUCCUCGACAACAAGAACGGCACGUACGAGUUCCUGUACACCGUGCAGAAGGAAGGGGACUUCACGCUCUCGCUGAGGCUCUACGACCAGCACAUCCGCGGCAGCCCCUUCAAGCUGAAGGUGAUCCGGUCGGCGGACGUGUCGCCCACCACCGAGGGCGUGAAGAAGCGCGUGAAAUCCCCGGGGAGCGGCCACGUCAAGCAGAAGGCUGUGAAGCGACCCGCGAGCAUGUACAGCACCGGGAAGAGAAAAGAGAACCCCAUCGAGGACGACCUCAUCUUCCGCGUGGGCACCAAAGGAAGAAAUAAAGGAGAGUUUACAAAUCUUCAAGGGGUAGCUGCAUCUACAAGUGGGAAGAUAUUAAUUGCAGAUAGUAACAACCAGUGUGUGCAGAUAUUCUCCAAUGAUGGCCAGUUCAAAAGUCGUUUUGGCAUACGAGGACGCUCCCCUGGGCAGCUGCAGCGGCCCACAGGGGUGGCUGUGCAUCCCAGUGGGGACAUCAUUAUUGCAGAUUACGAUAAUAAAUGGGUUAGCAUUUUCUCUUCAGAUGGGAAGUUCAAGACAAAAAUCGGAUCGGGAAAACUGAUGGGACCCAAAGGGGUGUCUGUGGACCGCAACGGGCACAUCAUCGUGGUGGAUAACAAGGCGUGCUGCGUGUUUAUCUUCCAGCCAAACGGGAAGAUAGUCACCAGGUUUGGUAGCCGAGGAAAUGGGGACAGGCAGUUUGCAGGUCCCCAUUUUGCAGCUGUAAAUAGCAAUAAUGAAAUUAUUGUUACAGAUUUCCAUAACCAUUCUGUCAAGGUGUUUAAUCAGGAAGGAGAAUUCAUGUUGAAGUUUGGCUCAAAUGGAGAAGGAAAUGGACAGUUUAAUGCUCCAACGGGGGUAGCUGUGGAUUCAAAUGGAAACAUCAUUGUAGCCGACUGGGGAAACAGCAGGAUCCAGGUUUUUGAUGGAAGUGGAUCAUUUCUGUCCUACAUUAACACAUCCGCUGACCCGCUCUAUGGUCCCCAAGGCCUGGCCCUGACUUCAGAUGGCCAUGUUGUGGUUGCAGACUCUGGGAACCACUGUUUCAAGGUCUACCGGUACUUACAGUAACGGCGGGCAGCUGGACGGCCCCUGGCAAAGGUCUUGCACUAUAAACUGGAACGGAUUUCUCGCCGCGGGACCAGAUUAUACUAGACUUUUCAUGCUAGAAGGAAUCAUUGGUGAAUUUUCCAAGGUUAUUUCUGAAUGUAACAAUUUCCUUAAAAACUGCAUAUUUGAUUUCUGUAAUUGACCUUUAGGGUUAAAAAGAAUCUAUAAAAACCGCAAAGUUUUACACCUGUGAACUAUGGCUUAUAGGACAGGGAUGUAUGUAGUGAAACCAAUUGUGCAAAUCAAAUAAGCGUUAAAAAAAAAAUACCUGGGAGAUUUAAAGGUAUUUGUUAAGCCUGUGAACGGUAGCCUUUGCACAGAGCUUCCAAAAACAAAACAGAACAAAACAAAAACAAAAUCUGUUGUGGUUAUAUACUUUAACCUCGGUCACAAGGCCUGGGGAAUCUUCUAACCUCACUUUUACACUUGGUAUUACUCUUGUGACUUUUUUGGCUAUCAGUAACUAUAUAUAAAUUACUUUAGAGGAAAAAAAAAAGACCGUCUUGCAAAAAUCCUCUCAUCUGUGAUUAGCAGGCCUCUGAGUUGAGCACUUAAAAAUAAAUGCGAACUUUCUAUCCUUCCUGGGUUAGAUCAAAGAUCCAUUUUUGGGUUCUUUUCACCUUCUCUCUCCUAGUCACCUUGUAUUGAAAAACAAAGUACAUUUUUUCAGGGAAACCUGAAACUCCUAAUGCUUUGAAAAGCAUAUUCUAAUAGUAAUGCUACCUGUUGGUAAACCAACAGCCCAACUCCAGAUCAAUGCACUGGAUGUCAUCAAGAAAAAGUUAGUCAUGUUUUAUGUGCCAUGUUCUCACAUGUGUCUCUCCUCUUCCACUUCAUGAAAGCGAAAGCUUUACCUCCUGCAAAAUGUCAGCACAUGUAGUAGGACACCAGUAUCCUAGGACAGAGAGCCAUAAGUAGCCCCUCGGAGGACGGAUGGUGUCAGCCAAAGGCAUGUGACUGAGUAAUGGUUUCCCCUUAGAAAGCAAGUGUUACCAAAGUUGUGAAAGCGUUACAGGUAAGGGCAUGUUAUGGUUAUUUAUCAUUGUCUAAUGAAUAGUAGAGGCAUUAAAGGACUAUGUAUACAUGAUUAGGGUAAGGUAGAAUGUAUCAUAUAUAUCUAUAUAGAUAGCUGAAUCUUUGGUGUAUUGAAAUAGGCAGCCCUCUGAAAGACAGAAGCAGCGUCCAGCCUUUCUUCGGCACAUUCCUUUUACGGAGCAGCUUCAAGCCGUCCUGUCCUAGUAGAACAAGCCCUAAAGCAGAUUUAAUCUUUGCCAUUUUCCAGGAAUGAUGGUAUCGGCUGACGUUGCAUCACAAAAUGACCUUCUGGUCUUUCAAAAGAAACAAAAACAGGUCAAAAGAGAAAAGUUAAACUUGAAUUACAUUUAAACGAAGUAUAAAUGCAUUUUAAGAAAAAGUAAGAAUAAUUUAGCUGGUUAUUAAUCUGUCAUUGGUACUGUAAAAUAAGAUGUGGUUUAUUUUCACUGUUUAAUUUUCUACUCAGUUCUACCAAAUAGGAUGUCAUGUUUGGCAUUUUCGUUAAUGACUUUGGGAUCUUUUUCACUGAAAGCACCUUAGAACUGUACUAUAAGAAAACAUUUCCCAUAUGUAUAAUUAUAUGAAUGUGAUGUUUAUUGCUUUUUAAUUUAUAAUUCAGCCCCUCUCUUAUAUAGGAAUUUUUUUAAAUUUAGAAGGGAAAUCUAGCUACUUCCAAUUGUCUAUCAAAUUUAUGCCCAAAUCAACCUCUGAAAAAAAUUUUUUUCAGAAAGAUUUACAUUUAGAUUUAGUACAUCUUUAGUUAGGUAGAGUUUUCAAAAUAUUGAGGUUGUGAUAAAAUUAUAAAAUUUAGUAACAUUUUUAGAAUGUUAAGACACUGUUUCCUAACAUGAGUUGAAAUAAGUCUUUGAAUUUAAAUAUUCAUAUUUAAUGAGUGCCUACUAGAAGCCAGGCUGUUCUUGGCACUGGGGACUUAGUGAUGGAGGAAACAGACAAAAUUCCUGCCCCCUUGGAAUUUACACUCUAAGGAGGGAAUUUCAUUUUGCUCUUUAUUAAUAUUCUGCAUAAAAGAUAAGCUAGACUUCUGAUAGCUCCUAGACUAUUUAAAAGAAACCUUUUAAAAAUUGGUUAAAUUCAUUUUAGUUUAUUUCCACAAGUAAAAAAUGGCUUCCUAUUUAGAUUCUGUCACAGGCUAUUGAUAUUAAGACUAGUUUACUUAAAGAUUGGUUUGUUUUGGGUUUUUUUGCACAACACUUAAAUUAUAUGUGUGAAUUUAGAAAUUGAGCAGCUAUCAUACAGUAUAAUGCUGGAUAUCUCAAUUAGUAGAUUGAAGACAAAGCUAAUUUUUUUUUUUUUACAUAUGACUAUUGGCACAAACUGGAAUGGAAGAAAAGGUACUUUGAUUCAGACCUGUUUAUCUGUUACUAAAACACAUGCACUCCAGGAAACACUAUAUUUCCCCCCCCCCCAAA